GUUUCAGCAUGCAGCCAUCAUCAUCUUUCAGUAGAUCCAAAGAUCCCAUUCCAGGAAUAUUGGCCAACAGUCCAGAAACCAAAAAGGAAAUGGUGAAUCGAGUGAUGACUAUGAUGGUGACGAUGGCAAUAACGUGGACGGGCGGACUGAGAGUCGCGGUCCAGGGGCAACAGGUCUGCCCGGAUGCGGCGGAGAUUCGCCCCUGCAAUUGCACCUUCGACCAGGAGAACUACGAGAUCGACGUGGAUUGCUCGGAUGCCUCCAAUGGCCAGGAAAUUCACUCCGCUUUUAACUGUCCCAAUUGGUUCUUCAAAUUGCUCAGAGAGGUACGGGUUUCGAAUAGCCGGCUUGACGAGAUCGUAGAAGACGGGUUCGCAGAGCUUGCCUUCAAGGUCAUCCACAUGUCCGGGACGAGAAUGAUCCAAUUCCAUGAGACGGCCUUGAACCCGUCCAAGGACCGCCUGGAAGUCUUGACCUUGAAGAUUGGGAAUUUGGAUACUUUCCCCUGGCACGCUCUGAGCGGGAUGACCAAGCUGAAGCAUAUUGACCUGUCUAGCAACUCGUUGAGGGAGGUGCCGUCGGAUAUUCCGACUCCUUUCCUGGAAAGCCUCUUUCUCACGGAGAAUCGAAUCGAUACUAUUCAUGGCAACGCUUUUCGACUCAUGGAAAACCUCAAGUAUCUCCGCCUCGGGAACAAUUUCUUCCAAGAAUUGCCCACGGGGUUGGUCAAUAAUCUGACGGAUCUGGUGGAAUUUUUCGCACAUGGGGGAUCCCUGGAAUGCUUGGCGGAAGGGACAUUGAAUUUCAACAGUCCCUACUUGGAGCAAGUCAGACUGGAGAGCAAUCGCAUUGCUAGCAUUCAACCUGGCGCCAUCAGCGGGCUUGAAGCCUCCUGCACGUUGUUGGACCUGAGUAAUAACAACAUUCGGCACCUCGCAGAAGGGACAUUUCUACCGAUUGUCCGGAACCUGACAAAAGGAAACGGAGAACUUCGACUAUACGGGAAUCCGGUGGAGUGCGACUGCACCAUAGCAUGGCUUGUCCUGUCCGAGACUCUUCUGAGGACAGUGACGGGAACCUGUACGGAUGGGGUAUCCUUUCAAGACUUGGACCCGGAGAUUUAUUUGAUACUUUGCACGGGCAGAAGGAAUGCAUGGGGAGAUAUUAGACGGUGGAAAGCUGCUCUCAAGUCCGGUGUCCCGAUAUCACAUAUCCUCAAUCACACCUUCAACUAACUAAAAAACUUAUCUGCUCAGCUGCUCCCUUCCCCCCCACCCACAACAUUGCAGUCUGUUCAUGAAGUGCAGAAUAAAGACGAG